GCUCCGCGCGCUAGCCGUAGUUUGUUGUCAUCAAUGCGGAAGUGUCACAGGCUACAUCGCUAACUAGAAUAACUGCUUUUAUUGCAAAUACGGACACUAAUGCUAGCUUUAUAGCUGAGGGGUACAGAUAGCCUUGUAGUCUGACGCUUGGCAGCGUUUUUAUGAUGUUUUAGCGUUCCCGCUUAUCCAACUAGCGUCAUGUUAGUAUUAUCAGAGAAGUUCAUCCUGCUUUAAAGUGUCCGCCACAAUGAAAGUACGCUCGUCGAUUUUCGCUUCUUUUAUUUUAGUAUUUGAGGUGCUCGGCGUUGCCCUGUUCCUGCGGGGAUUCUUUCCGGUUCCUGUCAAGUCUGCUUUGCCAUCUAAGAGCCGGCUGUCGGAUCUGCCAGCGGAGCCGCAGACAGGAGGCUCUCCCAACUCGACCCGCCUGCCUCAGCCCCUGUUCAGUAGAGUUGUUGUCAUGUUAGUGGACGCCCUCCGAGAGGACUUUGUGUUUGGAGCCAGUGGUCACCUGUACAUGCCCUACACCAGACACCUGGUGGAUAGAGGCUCGUCGCACAGCUUCGUGGCUAAAGCACGACCUCCAACAGUCACCAUGCCCAGGAUCAAGGCUCUCACCACUGGCAGCAUCCCAGGCUUCAUCGAUGUGGUCAUGAACCUGAAUUCUCCUGCGCUUUUGGAAGACAAUCUCAUUUGGCAGGCCAAUACAGCAGGCAAGAGGAUCAUCUUCUAUGGAGACGACACCUGGGUGCGCCUCUUCCCAAAACACUUCAUGGAGUAUGAUGGAACCACCUCCUUUUUUGUGUCAGACUACACCGAGGUGGACAACAAUGUAACCCGUCACUUGGACCGCACCCUGAAGCGAGAUGACUGGGACGUGUUGAUCCUCCACUACCUUGGUCUGGACCACAUCGGGCACAUCAGCGGACCCCACAGUUCACUCAUCCAACCCAAACUGCUGGAGAUGGACGACGUUCUGAAGAAGAUCCACAGUUCUCUCGUUUCUAAGGAGGCAGAAGGAUCCUUGCCCUACCUGCUGGUGCUGUGCGGAGAUCACGGCAUGUCUGAAACCGGCAGCCAUGGAGGCUCCUCUGAGCCAGAAAUCAGCACACCUCUAGUUCUUAUAAGUCCAGCCUUCAGAAGGAAAGGGGGAAUGAAAAAGCCUGAGGUGGUGGAGCAGGUUGACCUGACUCCGACGCUGGCCCUGGGACUCGGCCUCCCCAUUUCUCAGAACAGCGUUGGUCGUGUCAUCCCGGGCGUGUUUGAGGAAAGCUCACUGCGAGACCAGCUGCGCUUCCUGCAUCUCAAUGGCCACCAGCUCAGCUGCCUGCUCAAAGACAGCAUCCCUGACUACGAGAAGGAUGCAGGUUUUGAGCAGUUCCGUGUGGCAGAAAAAGCUCAUGGGAACUGGAUGAAACUCUACCUAGAAGGAAAUGCCUCGGAGGUGCUGAUGAACAUGGGAAAGAAAGUCCUGAAGCAGUAUCUGGAGGCUCUAGCUGCCAUGAGCUCUGCUUUGAGCAAACAGCUGGGCAAGUACGAUAUGUACUCGAUGAUCGCAGGCAUGGUCUUUGUGUUUCAGCUCCUGUUGGUCUUGGUGCUGGCCAUGCCCGAAGCUCUGAGCGGUUCCGCAGCGGUCGACCUUCCUGUCCUGUCGUCCUUGUUCUCCCUGCCUUUCUAUCUCCUGUGCCUGCUGCUAGCCUCCGUCCACGUUCUGGUGUGCACAUCUGCAGAGAGCUCCUGUUACUUCUGCAGUCUCUCGUGGGGUCUCGUGUUUGCUGCUGUUGCCUUCUCUUCAGCAAUGUUCUGUAUCCUGAUCUCUUUAGCAACACGAAGACUCCCCCUUGCACCAAAGAUCCACGGGAAGAACACCGGUGGUGAUUGGUCACUCUCAGAGUUGGACGUCUUGCUGCUGGCAGGAACCAUCGGUCACACGCUCAGCUUGGCGGCGAGUAGUUUUGUGGAAGAGGAGCAUCAGACCUGGUACUUCCUCCUCAACACACUCUGCCUCGCAGUCUUUCAGGACGUCUGCCGAAAAUACUUCAGAGAGCAGCGGGGCUUUGGAGAGGAAGAGGAGCUUUUCCUCCCUUCCAAGGACAGCCAUCCGUCUUCUCAUCACAAAUCUGAAGUGAGCUCAGAGAAGUGGCUGGCUCUGGCCACGCCCCCGUUCACUCUGGUGUGUUGCAGACUGCUGCGUUCCCUCAACCAAACCGGAGUUCAGUGGGCUCAUCUUCCAGAUGUUGGACACUGGCUGAACAGCUCUGAUCACAAGACGGUGCUCUCGCUGCUGUCUGCUUUCUGUUUGGUUCUGAUCUACCUCCUGGUUCAAAGACGAUGUUCACUAGUCUCCAAGUUCGCCCUGGCCCUUGGACUUCUGGGUGUCUACAGCUACCGGGCAGCUGUUGGCAAUGUCUUGUUUCCCUGGCAACAAUCCACUCGAACUACGUCCAAGGGAACAGUGGAGGCACGCUUUGUUUACGUCUUUGUUUUGGGAAUCCUCUUCACGGGCACCAAGGGCCUCCUGCGGUCCCAGAUCCUCACGGCAGACGCCAAACUCAAGAGCAGAGGAUUAUGGGAGAUAUACAGCGGGCUAGUUCUGUUGGUUUCACUUUUGUUUCGUGCUCACAACCUGCCCGUCCUCUGCUGCUGCCUCUUAAUCCAGACACUGAUGGCUCAGUUUAUCUGGAAGAAGCUCCACUAUGAUGCAGCCCAGACCACCAUCAUGCACUACUGGUUUGGUCAAGCCUUCUUCUACUUCCAGGGCAACUCCAACAACAUAGCCACUGUCGACAUUUCAGUCGGCUUUGUUGGACUGGAAAGCUACAUCGAAGCACCUGCCAUCGUUUUAACGGCCCUCAGCACUUACGCAGGCCCCCUCCUGUGGGCGUGUCACCUGGUCUGCUACCUGAGCUCAGAGAGAGAAAGGUCUGCAGAUAAGAUGCUGUUGGUCUGCUGACGGAUGACAGAUGCAGCUCGAUGGAGGUGGGUUGCAGCUCGAUGGAGGUGGGUUGCAGCUCGAUGGAGGUGGGAUGUAGCUCGAUGGAGGUGGGUAUCAGCACCAUCAGCAGGAAGGAGGUGACUGGCUGGACUCGUCACCUCUGACUCAAACAGGUCUCUUAGAGAGAGAGAGAGAGAGAGAGAGAGAGAGAGAGAGAGAGAGAGAGAGAGAGAGAGAGAGAGAGAGAGAGAGAAAUUGGCAGCAACAGUUAUUUUGUUGGCUUUGUUCUGAGACUUGAGCUGUGAUUAAAAGCCACAAGAAAGUGGUUUUAGAGAACCUGCAGCAGCAGCCCUAACAGCUCCUGCUGAAUGCAUUUAUGUCUCAAUCUGAGUUAAAUCGCCUGACAAAUCUGAUGAAGCAGACGUUGUUUCCUUCAUCAGGACACAAACAGAGCUGUGCUCUACAGACAAUUUCCCUCAUCAUGGUCACAAACCUCCAAUAACCGCCUCCUUCACACAGCUGCCAGAGUUGAAGCAGCAUCAUCCACUCUGGAGGAUGUACUUCAGAUCAGAUGCUGUAGUGUUUACAGGAAGAGCUCAGCUCACGAGACUCGGAACAGUGAAGACGGACCUUUGAGUGUCUGUCUGGUAAAUUCAAAUUCAAUUCAAAGAUACAUUAUUAAUCCCAGAGGGAAAUUAGAGUUUCAGUACACACAAUUCUGAGAUCAGACAUACAUACAUAGACACAAGACAAGAAUUGGUGACUGUGGUCAUUCGCAACCCUGAGUCGCGCUACCUUAAUAGAGAUCAGAGGGUUUAUAUGAGGAUUGGGUCAGGUGGAGGGAAAAAAGGCACUUCAGAGUUACCCUCCACAGGGAGGGCAGCUUUGCUAUGCAAACAACACCUCAGACAGAUAUGCAACAGACUUCAGACAUUACACAACAUAAGUGUCCACUAGGUGGGGUGGUAGGGUUCGGGACUCUCCACACGUCAGUGCAUGCAGCCACGAUAAGCAGCACUCCCCACCAAGCACGUGUUUGAGCAUUCCAGGCCCAUUACUUCAUCUGUGAUGGGGCCGCUCGGCAUCCAGCAUGAGUUUUACAGCAGUGGUGACAGGCCAGCCUGUAAAAUCCUGUUUAAGCCCAUAAAUAUUAAUGAGGCUGAAGGAUCCGCCAGCGUUGACGGCCAGAAUCAGGAGGGACUCUAACAAUGUUUAUCCUGAGAGAUGGACUCGAUGUGAGGACUUGUCCUGACCAGCAUCAGACUGUCACACGGCCCAAAUGAAGAAAAAAGAUCAGAAAGAGGCCGCCAUUUAAACCUGCACCAGUUGUGGCCGUGCAAUGUGGUGGACAGAAAAAAAGAACUAAAUUUAAUCUCUGAGCUGAUGCCUUCAGCUCAAAAGCUGCAUUUUAGCCUCAACUUAUGAAUAGUUAGAAUUUCCCAGCUCUCAUCAGUCUUAUUCACAACCACUGCAGGUGGGUAUUGUCAGUGAAAAAUACACAAAAUCCACACACGUUCCUGCACCAAACAGAGGCGACUAAAAGAAAUCAGCAGCCAUUAUUAGGGGAUGAACAGAGAAAAGAAUGGCCGCUGAGGAGCUGGGGGCUGAGCUAAGAUCAGGGAGAACAAUAAGAGUUAGUUGUAGCAACACCUCAUAAGAAUCCAGUUUCCUUAGGAGGUCAUUAUGAUCAUGUCCGAAGGUAUUCCUGCAUUUUCUGACCCUGAUCCUGAUCAGCGAUUUUAUUAGAAAUAACCUGUUAAAACCCCGAAACUAGGAAUUCAGUUGGUUUAUGUAGCAUCAUCUCACUCUAAACACAUCCCAAAGGGAUGUACAGAAGGGAAAAAU